CGCUCAAUCAACUAGAGAGAAUCGCGUUACCUUGCAGAACGCGGGCCCAGUACGCGCUUGACCACGCUGUCGAGAGGAGGCUGUUCGACGUACCAGUUCCACGGAGAAGAUCUCGAUAUGCCCAAUUGUCCGAAGUGCGACAAACCGGUCUAUUUCGCCGAAAGGAAAACAUCGUUGGGCAAGGAUUGGCAUGGAUCGUGUUUACGUUGCGAAAAAUGUAACAAAACCUUGACACCAGGCAGCCAUUCGGAACACGAAGGAAAACCUUAUUGCAAUCAUCCGUGCUACGCUGCUCUGUUCGGGCCAGGAGGUUUCGGCAGAGGCGGUGCAGAGAGUUACGUUUACAAGAAGUGAAAAAUCUAAAGAAUUUACGGCAAUAUAAUACUUAUUUCUAAUCGAAUCGCGUUACCUGUACCGUAGCAAUUAAAUUUAAUUAACAUUAGAUAACUAGAUUGUCUGAGCGUGAAGUACAAUAUUUUUGUUUGAAUUAAGAUAAUUUUUUAUAAAAUCACGCAUAAUGUAUUUCUAUAUUAGAUAUAAAUUUGAAUAAAAAUUUAAUGUCAGUUUGAAAA